AGCAACGCCGAGCCCGCCCUGCCUCCCAGGGCGCCCUUGGAGAGACAGUGGGUCAUGGCUGGCGUGGCGCGGGGCAGCGGGGCCAGCCUGGACCUGCUCCGGUCCCUGCCGCGAGUGAGCCUGGCCAACCUGAAGCCCAACCCUGACUCCAGGAAACGGGAAAGACGUCCAAGAGAUCGGAGAAGAGGCAGGAAAUGUGGCAGAGGCCAUAAAGGAGAAAGACAGAGAGGAACUCGGCCCCGGCUGGGCUUUGAGGGAGGGCAGACUCCAUUUUACAUCCGAAUCCCCAAAUACGGAUUUAAUGAAGGACAUAGUUUCAGACAUCAGUAUCAGCCUUUGAGUCUCAGGAGACUGCAGUAUCUCAUUGAUUUAGGUCGAGUUGAUCCAACUCAACCUAUUGACUUAACCCAGCUUGUCAAUGGGAGAGGUGUGACCAUCCAACCACUUAAAAGGGAUUAUGGGGUCCAGCUGGUUGAAGAGGGUGCUGAUACUUUUCAAGCAAAAGUUAAUAUUGAGGUACAGUUGGCUUCAGAAUUAGCAAUUGCUGCAAUUGAAAAAAAUGGCGGUGUUGUUACUACAGCCUUCUAUGACCCAAGAAGUCUGGAGAUUCUGUGCAAGCCUGUUCCGUUCUUUCUGCGGGGACAGCCCAUCCCAAAGCGAAUGCUCCCACCGGAAGCACUGGUGCCGUAUUACACUGAUGCCAGAAACCGGGGCUACCUGGCUGACCCUGCCAAGUUUCCUGAAGCAAGACUUGAACUUGCCAUGAAGUAUGGCUACGUGCUUCCUGAUAUCACGAAAGAUGAACUCUUCAAAAUGCUUAGUGCUCGGAAGGAUCCAAGGCAGAUCUUCUUUGGUCUUGCUCCUGGUUGGGUGGUGAAUAUGGCAGAUAAGAAAAUUCUAAAACCUACAGAUGAGAAUCUCCUUAAGUAUUACAGCUCCUGAACUCUCUUCCAGUAAGCAGAUGUGUUGAGAACCAGACAGGAGCUGAAGCAAGGCUUCUUGUGGGUCUCCAAUCUUCGGGGUUGAUAGCAGCCAUCAGUGUGGUCAGUUCUGAUUUAAAUCACAGGCAGCAAAAACUGCAUAGAGAAACUGGACCUUUUUGGGUAUAUGUCUCAAAAAUUCAAAUGGGGACGGUCUUUAGAAAGGUGGGUUUUAAAAAAUUAUUUAAAAUCAUCUUCCCUCUGUUUUUGUUUGUUUUGAGGCAGGGUUUCUCUGUAUAGCGCUGGCUGUCCUGGAAUUGUAGUGUAGACUAGGCUGGCCUCAAACUCACAGAGAUCUGCCUGCCUCUGCCUCCCAAGUGCUAGAAUUAAAGGUGUGCGCCACCACUGCCAAGCCUAAUUUUAACUACUUUAAAACAUCUUUUUACUGUCCAUCUUUUUAUGGUCUUUUCUUACCUGUUCAGUUAGAAUGAAGGGCAAGUGUAGAGGAUUGAUUAGUAGGCUGGGAGCAGGUGCUAAGGAGCUUUGGUUCUUUUUUACACAGUAGCCCCAGGGAAGCUCUGCUACCCACUGUUAAGAUAGUCCCCAACAGGGAUGGAGAUGUUCAGAAUGUGACUGACAGCUGGUGAGUAGUGGAGCUAGAGAAAGAAAGAGCACAAAUGAAUUAAUUUUCACAGCACUGGUAAGUAUAGAUAAUGAUCAAACCAUUACCAUUUUUCUUGAAGAUAGUGUUCCAAUUGAUAAAAAUUUAUCUCAGACUUCAAGACAUUUCAGUUAAAUUUAGAAAACUUGUUCAAUGAUUAUAUAAGCCAUAUGGAAAUAGGGAUUUUGUUUUAGGUGGUGGUUUUUAAAAGACAGGCCUUGAUCAAGAUCCUGAGCCCUAGCAAUUCUCUUGCUUCAGCUUUCCUAGCAGGUGGGACUACUGUGCCCAGCUUAAACUCAGUUACUGCAAAAGAUUCAGAAGUGAACAAGCUUUUCAAAGAGAAAUUGUGUUCAAAUCUUGUAAAAGCUUAAUUUACUUUAAGUGAUUAUAGUUUUUGUUUGUAUGAAACAGGGUCUCAUGUAUCCCAUGCUAUCCUUGAAUUACUGAUUCUUUCUUCCCAUGUGUUGGGAUUACAGCAUGAACCACCAUGCCUUGUUGAGCAAUUAAACAUUGAUCCUGAAUAAUUCAUUAUAGUUAUCCCACAGUUAAAAUGAUCCUUAAAAUAAAACCCCAAAACUCAUAAAUCAUGCAGUGUAUUUUUUAUUGACUUUUAUACCUUAUGUUUUGCUGACCUGGGCUCUAGUUUAUAAAGUGGUACACAUGCCUCGAGUGUGUUUCAGUUUUCAUUCAGGAUUGUGUAGGUUUUUGGUUUUUUUUUUUUUUGGUACAAACUCUAGUAAGAACCAGGAGCUAAGGAGAAUCAUCCUUAGACCAACUUCGGUGAUUGAAUUUGGAACUUUUUUUUUCUUUUUGAGACAGGGUUUCUCUGUGUAUCCCUGGUUUCCUCGAACUCUCUUUGUAGACCAAGCUGGCCUUGAACUCAAAGAUCUGCCUGUCUCUGCCUCGCCAGUGCUUGGAUUAGAGGCAUGCGCCACCACCACCUGGCUGUAAUCAAUUCUUAAAACAUGUUUGUAUUUUUCAGAGACCUGGUUAGUUUUAGCUCUGCUGGUAGGAACUCCAGAUCCCACAGCGUGAGUGAAGCAGCGCUGCGCUCACAGGUGAAGUGCUAGGCUGUGUUGCAGUUGGUGUCAGCUGUGCUGGCAGCUGCUCCUUGGUAAACUGCUUUCUGAUAGUGAGGUCUAAAUAGAGCCAGGAAGCAGCAAGCCAGCUUUUUCUAAGCAAAGUUAGAAGCUUCCACUUAAAACUUCGGUUUGUAGCUGUUGGCCAGACCUUGAAUACAGUCCUGUUCUGAAGGGGCUAGAUGAUGGUCUUGGGUAAAAAGUCCAGUUAAAAGUGAUGAGUAAGCAGAGCGAUGGUGACCCACACUUUAAUCCCAGCAGAGGCAGGCAGAUCUCUGUGAGUUUGAGGCCACGCUGGUCUACAGAGUAAGUUCCAGCACAGUCAGGGCUACAUGGAGAAACCCUGUCUUGGGGAAAAAAGUGAUGAAUGCGAAAGUGAACACAUUGAAUAGCCAACAAGGAGUUUCACAUCUUCCCACUGAACUUCAGCUCGGAUGAAUUGACUUAUAUCAGACAAACGAGAAGUGGAGAAGUCUUUAAUUAUGCAUCUGGAAUGUUGAAUUCAAUGCUUUACUUUUUGGGGGGUUGGGGUCCUUACUAAGUCCCUUGCUGGCCUAGAACUCUGUAGACAGAACUGGCCUCAAACUGAGAUCUGCCUGCCUCUGCCUCCUGAGACUGGGAUUAAAGGCGUGCACCACCUCUGCCUGGCAGUACAUAUCUGCCUUGGAAACAUUUUCAUUGUAAAACUAUGUUAUGCUUCCAAUAUUAUGUAUUUUAAAAGAUACAUUUGAGGAGCUGGAGAGGUUGCUCAGAGGUUAAGAGCACAGGCUGUUCUUCCGGAGGUCCUGAAUUCAAUUCCCAGCAACCACAUGGUGGCUCACAACUAUCUGUAAUGAGAUCUGGUGCCCUCUUCUGGCCUGCAGCCAUACGUGCAGGCAGAACACUGUAUACAUAAAUAAAUCUUUUUAAAAAGAAAAUACAUUUGAGUAGUCUAAGGGGAAAGAGCUAACAGGACACAAUGAAGACUGCAAAGAAUGUCCAGGUAAAAAGAAAAUGUGUUUUAACUGUCAGUGGUGAGUCCCUAUGGGUUAAGAAUUGAUACAUUUUGGGCUAGAGAGAGAUCUCAGCUAUUCAGGGCCAAGGCUUACAACCAAAACUUCAAGGAUUAAGUACAUUUUAUUGUUUUUAAGUAAUGGCUGGAAAAAAAAAUUCUUAAAACUCUGUAUCAGAACAAAAGUUCUUACUUGUUUUGAACAUGAUUAUAGUAUUGAAGUAUUUUAGUUUUGUAGCUCAGCUUAGCUUCAAACUUGUCAUGUAGUAGAGGGCAACCUUAAACUCCUGCCUCUACCUCCUUACAGCUGGGGUUACAGAAAGUCUGCCUCUGCACCCAGCUAUUGAAGGUUUAAUAGGACCAAAGGUUCACAUUCUGCUACUUUUACACCCCUGUUUCUCAGAGGUCCCAGAACCAGUUCUCUUUAAGUCAAAGGAUAGAUUGUUGAUAAUGUUGGGGCUCUUCUUGCCUCAGUUUAUUUCAUUUAUUUUUGGUAGUGGAGGUUGAAUCCAGGCCUUGUGUGCUGAGCUCAAUUUAAUCCCUGAGCUGUCCUCCAGCAUACAACAUUGUUUUAGAUAGGCUCCUGAGCACUUUACUGCUUGGGGAUUAUGCUGAGCCUUGCUAGCCUUGGGUUGUUUAAAGUGAGGUGCAUCCGCAGACAAGUACUUCCCCUUUGUUAAACUGAAGGGCAGUGUCAGUCUAAAGCAACAAGAGGUGUGUGACAGACACCAGUGCUUCACACGCCUGGUGACACUACCCUCCCUCUGCCUCCAGCACCAGCUGUAGCACCUCAGUGAGGGACACAGGUGCUUCCUUGAUCCGAGGAGAAUUUUGACCUCAGCCUAUCUGCAUAGAAAUGAAUUUCCUUGUAAAGACAUCCUGUAACAGUAUGUGUAUGGGGUGUGGGAGUGAAAGAUCCUGUUGGGUGUGCUGUAGCCUAGGUCAGUUUCUGCCUUGCCUCGAGCACAACUUUCCUUUGGUGAUGCAGUUUACCAUUGUAGGUCUCAGACACUGCCUCCACAGGAAAAGUUCUUCGUGGGAAGUGAGAGAGGAUGUUAGUCACCUCAAGGAGACCAUACUGCAGCCUUCCAUCUGAAAACGUGCUUUGAGGGUCCUUGGACUCUCCUCUCCCAUCCCGCUAAGCAGAAGGACUAACUGCCCUCUCCACAUUCAUAGCACUGACAGCCAACAUGGGCUUUCUUCAUUUGGUUGUCUUUGGUGGCCUACAGGUGGAAGGAAAUUGGGAUAGAGUGAUAAAGGGAAAAAUAAAAACAGGAAACAGAUGUCUGGUGAUGUAGAAUGUUUAUUUGGAGAAAGGGACUUUUUCACAAACAGCUGUAUCCGGGUUGUGAUACUGUAACCCCACAACUCAUUCUCAGCCAAAAGGGCAUGUUCCAUGAAAUUCGUCUGGUAUACUCUAGGCUUUGUGCCAUUUAAAGCGGCACAGAAGAGAGGAACAGUAGAAAGUGGUAGCUAUAAGAGUUCCUGUCACUUGAGAAUCUACUUUAGAAGCAAUAAGAUUUCAGUUUAGAUCUGUCCUUUCCUGGAAUGUGUCUUCAUCUGUUCUCAUAUGACUUUUGGUGGCCAAACCCCAAAAACCUUGAGUUAAUUUAUGUUUUAAAAGUGGUUUUUAGGGCCAGGCAUAGUUGUAUAUGCCUUUAAUCCCAGCACCCAAAAGGUGGAUCUGAGUUCAAGGCCAGCCUGGUCUACAAAGUGACUGUCUCCAAAAGCCAAAACAAAAACCACAAAACUAUUUCUAAGACUGGGGAGACAGCUUGAGUGGGUACUGUAUAUGUUCAAGCUCUAGCACUUAUGUGGACCAUAUGAACAGUGUACAUGGGCAUCAGAGGGCGAGUAGAUCCCUGCAGGCUCACUGGUGGCCCGUUUAGCCAAAUGGAGAGCUCCAGGUUCAGUAAUAAGAGACCUUCAUCAGAAGUGGGCUAGAGAGUGGGAAGUGUCAAAUGGGAGCAGUACUGCUCAUUUCACCUUGGUUAGAGAAGAGGACUCUGACCAUAAGGGUUGUCUAUUGGGAGACCUUGCUGCAAGCAAACCAUGGCACAGUAUAGCUGUCCUAUUCCGUGCCUGGACCUGCAGAGUCAUCUGGGUGGAACACAAGUCUAGGGCUUAAAGCAGGACUAGAUGUGAGACUUUGCAUGUGGUUUAUUCUCUGCCUCAUUUUGACCAUCUGAGAAAUGGAAUGUAAAAUACAAAUCGGUUUGUAUAAAAUACAAAUUAUCUUAGGGUUUCUACUGAUAUAAUAAACACCAUGACCAAAAUGGUGUUGGGAAGAAAGGGUUUAUUUGGCUUGUACAGCACUGUCAUUGAAGGAAGUCAGUACAGGAACUCAAACAGUUGGAACCUGGAGGCAGGAGCUGAUGCAGAGGCCAUGGAGGGAGGGGUGCUGCUUACUGGCUUGCUCCUCAAUGUUUGCUCAGCCUGUUUUCUUAUAGAACCCAGGACCACCAGCCCACCACAGUGGGCCAGACCCUCCCCCAUCAAUCACUAAGAAAAUACCCUACAGGCUUGCCCAGCUGGAUCUUAUGGAGGCAUUUUCUUAAUUGAAAUUCCUUCAUGUCAGAUGACUAUGACAAGUUGACAUAAAACCAGACAGAACAAUUAUGAGAAUUGAAAGCAGUCAGUGUUUGUAAAGCAUGGAACACAUGACUUGCCUUGUCUGCUGAAGUACUGGUGAAUUAGUGUGUUCUAGUCCUUAUGUAGCUGCUAUCCUAUGGCUACUACUUCCCUUCCUCUUAAAAGAUUUACAUAUAGACUGUGUUUAGCCUUUUGUAAGUUGUGCUUAAAUCUUACUGAUGAUAAGAACAUGCAUGACAGACUUUACUACUUUUAGCAGGAGCUAAAAAUACAUUUAGAAGAGGCAACAUAGCAGAGGCAGAACCUGAGGAUAAAGUUGAAUUUCUGACUUGAUCACUGAUUUCCUUUGCAAAACCAGAAGGGCCCAAAUUAUUUUUGAAGAAUAUUUGUAUAUAUUUGUGUGCUAAAGAAGCAUACAUCAUGAAGAAUAUUUGGGUAUUUGUGUGUGCUGAAGAGGCAUACAUCAUGAAGAAUAUCUAGUGUUUGUGUAUUUGUGUGUGCUGAAGAGCCAUACAUCAUGAAAAAUAUGUGUUUGUGUAUUUGUGUGCUGAAGAGCCAUACAUCAUGAAGAAUAUCUAGUGUUUGUGUAUUUGUGUGUGCUGAAGAGGCAUGCAUUUGGUGAUAAAAGGACAACCUACAUGAGGUGGUUCUCUUCUUCCAUCACCUGCAUUCCAGAGAUUGAGCUUAAGUCAUCAGUGUUAAUAUUCUGACCCGCCCCUUGGCAUUGCCCUGCGUCCUGACGUAAAAGCCUCAUUUUAAGGAAAAACUCCUUCCUCUCUCUUCCACUUAUCCUCCUACGAGGUGCACACCCUUAACCCCCUUCUCUCUUCCUCUCUAUCUCUCUUUUUCCAAUCUUUCUCUUCAUCUCUCUAUUGUAAUAAACUCUCCACAUGGA